AUGUAUAAUCUCCUUCAACGUGCUAAUGCGAUCUUCGCUUUUGCGAUGACAGUCACAUUCGGUGUCCUUGGAGCAAUAGCGAUAGUGACACCAUUUUUACCUUCCUUCCCUUCAGCUCAAGUUAAUGUUAAGGACAUACAAGUUAUUUCGUAUGAUUAUAUGUCUCAAGGCGAGAGCGAGUUUGCAUUUGUGAAAAUAAAUCUCGAUGCUGAUUUAACCUCUCUAUUUAAUUGGAACACAAAGCAAUUAUUUGUCUCAAUUGUGGCAGAAUACGAAACUAAAUCACACGAUCUUAAUCAAGUGGUUUUAUGGGAUUCGAUCAUCCAGUCAAAAGAUGAGGCACACAUUAAAGUCUCAGAUUUACAUAAUGAGUAUAACUUUGUUGAUAUCACAACAAGCUUUCA